AUGGCCGAUUCUUCUCAACCGGCCCCAGCUUCGCCAGAGCCUACCAAUGCGCCUCCAGCAGAAAACGACGAUCUGCUUGAGAUUGACUCAGAUGUAAAUUCGGAUUAUCAAUCAGACUUUGCGAGCGACACUACCUCCCUGAACUCGAUGAUAACCUCCUAUCGAUAUGAGAACGGACGGCGAUAUCAUGCCUACAAAGAUGGUGCAUACUGGGGCCCGAAUGACGAGGAGCAGAAUGAGCAGCUCGAUAUCGCCCAUCAUAUAUUCACCCUACUCCUCGAUAAUCGGCUAGUGCUUGCACCGAUUAAAAAGGGUAUCCAGAAAGUCCUCGAUGUUGGAACAGGGACGGGUAUCUGGGCCAUAGACUUCGCAGAUGAGUAUCCUUCAGCAGAAGUUAUUGGUACAGAUCUAUCGCCCAUCCAGCCGAGCUUCGUGCCUCCCAACCUGCGAUUCGAGAUUGACGAUGCGACGGAGACCUGGGUAUAUUCUCAAGAGUUCGACUUGGUGCACGUUCGAUCUUUAUACGGAGCUAUUGCCGACUGGCCCGCUUUCUAUCGCGAAGCUCUCAAGACACUGCGGCCAGGUGGCUGGAUCGACCAAUUAGAAAUGUCCAUACAGUUCCGCUCAGAUGAUGGCACGGUGACCGACGACCACAUACUCUCUAUUUGGUCAAAGACUUUCAUUGAGGCCGGAGACAAGUUCGGCAAGACUUUUCAGAUUGCGGAACGUGCCAAAGGCUACAUGCAAGAAGCGGGAUUUGUAAACGUCACUGAGCAGCGGUUCAAGCUACCCAUCGGCUCGUGGAGCAAGGACAAGAAGCUCAAGAGACUCGGUAUCUGGAAUCAGGUGCAUUGCGAACGGUCCAUUUCGGGUUGGGCAAUGGCGCUGCUGACGAGAGUCAUGGGGUGGAAAUAUGCGGAAGUGGAAGUGUUCCUGGCUAAGAUGAGGAGUGGCCUGCGGGAUCCAAAUGUUCACGCUUAUUUCAAUGUAGUCGGUGUUUAUGGGCAGAAGCCCACUGCAUAG